GCUGGACUGAAAGUUAUCUACUUUGUAAUUGAUAGUGUGACGGACCAGAAUGAGACAAAUCAAAUUAAGUAAUCAGGUGUAGGUUAGAAUUAGCUAAAAUUAUGGUAGAAUCAAAAUUAAAGUGAUUUUGAUAUCCACUUGUUUUCUUCAUAUUGUUGCAGUAGUUCAUUAGUGCACUGUUUUUGUCAUUCUUUUGUCCUGCUUUGAUUUCUUGUUUCUCAUUGGCAUGUUUCAGCUCAUUUACACAUGUAUCUGAACUGCAAGUGGUAGGAGAAAGACAGAAGCACAGUUGAACAGUCACAUUGCAAUGGUUACCACUUCUACUUUCUUGCAUCAAAGUUUGUGAUUCAGUUGAGAAUUUACAUUUGUCUGAAGUUAUCAUUCAGACAGAUUUGUAGGAAUUAGAAAGUUGUAUUGUAGACUUUUCGUAUUCAGCACAUUGAUGUUAAGUCAGAGGCCUCGAACACAAACUGGGCGUCCACUCAGUGGAGUAGUUCGCCCAGCUACUCAGUCAGGUCGUCCUGGGACAAUGGAACAGGCUUUACGUACACCUCGUACAGCCCGAACUGCACGUCCCGUUACUUCCCAGUCUGCCCGUAGUGUGCGCCUUGGGACAGCAUCGAUGUUGACGGAAUCUGGUGGUCCAUUCAUACAGCUGUCACGGCUUAAUAUGGGGAAAUAUGCUGCUCAAGGAAUCAUUGCCAAGCCACUGUUUGAAUACAUCUUCUACCAUGAAAAUGAUGUGAGACAUGCACUGGAACUAGCUGUGCAGGCAACACAAGCUUGUCAAUUCAAGGACUGGUGGUGGAAAGUGCAGCUAGGCAAGUGCUACUUCACUUUAGGCUUGGUCCGGGAUGCAGAGCAACAAUUCCGAUCGGCACUGAAGCAGCAACAAGUGGUGGAGAUAUUCCUUCGCUUGGCUCGUGUUUACAUCCGUGUGGACCAGCCACUCUCCGCUCUGGAUGUGUGUAAGACAGGACUGCAGUACUUUCCUGGGGAGGUGACGCUGACAACAGAGAUUGCAAGGCUGUUUGAGGGUCUUAAUAACAUUCCCACAUCCAUCAAGUACUACCGAGAUGUUCUGAAGGAGGACGCAACACAUGUUGAAGCUAUUGCUUGUAUAGGACUGCAGCACUUUUAUACUGAUCAGCCUGAGAUUUCACUUCGAUUUUACAGAAGAUUGCUGCAGAUGGGAAUUUACAAUGCUGAGCUUUUCAACAAUCUUGGGCUGUGCUGUUUCUAUGCCCAGCAGUAUGACAUGACAAUAACAUGCUUUGAGCAGGCACUCAAUCUGGCUACUGACGAGGCAGUUGCCGACGUAUGGUACAACAUUGCACAUGUAGCCAUAGGCGUCGGAGACUGUAAUUUGGGAAUGCAGUGCUUAAGAUUGUCCCUGUCAGCAGACAGUAACCAUGCUCCAGCUUAUAAUAAUCUUGGCGUUUUGGAGAUGAGACUUGGACAUGCUGAAGAAGCGCGGGCAUUCUUCCAGGCAGCAGGAAGUCUUGCCCCAUAUCUGUUUGAGCCACAUUAUAAUUACGCAAAACUGGCAGAAAAGAUGGGAGACUUGCAGACGAGUUACAUUGUGAUCCAGAAAUCUCUGCAGGCAUACCCAAGCCAUGUCGAUUCUAAGGAACUACUUGAGAAAUUACAGAAACACUUUGCUUUUAUAUGAAUAAGGUUUACUGAGUUCAACCUGUGAAGAUGAUUGUGUAGCACUGCUUCUGAAAGCACCCUGUCUGUGACUAAUAUAGAAAUGUGUUCUAGGACCACAGAGUAUGAUGUGCGACAGCACUCACAGCACUAGCAAUAUGCACACGUGGUGUGUCGUUAGCAGGCAGGUCACAAAUGCACAAGGUGAAGCAGUUAAUUGAGUGUGAGAUGAUGGGUUCUGACGGCAGUGCUGAUGAAGAUGCCCGUCUUCUAGGAUGUGACACCAUGUAAUGUGUUGAAUCAUUACCGGUGUUUGGAGGAAUGUGGUGCCUUGAUCUUCAAGAUAAAGGACUAAGCAGAGUGUAGAGAAGAAGGGGACUAGAGCUGGGGCUAUGGAAAACCAGUAGGAGAAGGUAGUACUGAGAAGUGACAGAUAUACUGUCAGUACCUGUAGGAAGAGGGGUAAAGUAGGAGGAUGAAAGAAGGUGGGUAAGAGAGGUCGAACAGAAGUAGAAAUGAAAUUAAUAACAGUAAUAUAAAAUAAUUUUACAAAAUAAAAAUUGAACCGUGCAACGGUUCUUCUCUGUGAAGUUCUUUGGAGUCCCCCCCCCCAAAUGCCGGGAUGCGAGCCGUUUUUCCCUCUUUCCACUCAUAGUCUUAGCUGACGUCAGGUCAGCUGACCUUGUCCCCUCCCUUCCUGGACUGACGUGAGGUUUCUUGUGUGGUGAUGAGGAAUGCCUCGACCUCUCUUCCCGAUACCGUCAGAUAGGUAACAUCGCCAGUUCCAAAUUCGCUGUUUAGGUUGAUUUGAGUUUGUGAAAUUCUGUUUCGGCCCGGGCGCAUUCUGAAGGGGGAAGAGUGCCCUCGCGACCUGAUGAAGGUUGUAUCAAGUCGAGAGGUUAAGCUUGGUUAGUAAUUUUUGGAAACGCCAGUAAGUGACUUACUGUGGUGCUUGGUUUCCUGGUUUUAUUACGACACCGUGUGGCGUAAGUAAAUGGUUUUGUUUGUUGGCUUGAAUAGCCGGUCGCCCUUCAGGCGUGUGAGUAUGAAUAUAUAGUUGUGUUCCCAGUAAAGUCAAUGGUUGCCAUGAGGUGUGCUUAUAUUUGUGUCUGUGCGCUUAGCCACAGGUUAAUUCUGUAUUAAUUGUGAGUGUGCUUUGAUCACUGCCCGCCCAUCAGGCCGAGUACACCUGUAUACCUUUGUUAUCAAUAUACACAUUUAUUUAUAUGUUAGAAACGCCUGUAGUAUUUGUGUAUACUUGGGUUGUCUGUG